AGCCGCCCGCCUCUGUCACCGGGAGGCAGUCCACUUAAAUGCAGCUCCAGGGCUGCGAGGCACCCACCAGCAUCAUUCCCCGUGCGAGGUGGCAAAUGCAACAUGCUCUCCAGCUUGGGGUGCCUACUUCUCUGUGGAAGCAUUACACUAGCCCUGGGAAAUGCACAGAAAUUGCCAAAAGAUGCAGAGCCGAAAUAUCUGAUAGUUGUGCGACCUGCUCCCCCUCCAAGUCAAAAGAAGUCAUGUUCAGGUAAAACUCGUUCUCGCAAACCUCUCCAGCUGGUGGUUGGUACUCUGACACCGAGCUCGGUCUUCCUGUCCUGGGGUUUCCUCAUCAACCCACACCAUGACUGGACAUUGCCAAGUCACUGUCCCAAUGACAGAUUUUAUACAAUUCGCUAUCGAGAAAAGGAUAAAGAAAAGAAGUGGAUUUUUCAAAUCUGUCCGGCCACUGAAACAAUUGUGGAAAAUCUAAAGCCAAACACAGUUUAUGAAUUUGGAGUGAAAGACAAUGUGGAAGGUGGAAUUUGGAGUAAGAUUUUCAAUCACAAGACUAUUGUUGGAAGUAAAAAAGUAAAUGGGAAAAUCCAAAGUACCUAUGACCAAGACCACACAGUGCCAGCAUAUGUCCCAAGGAAGCUAAUCCCAAUAACAAUCAUCAAGCAAGUGAUUCAGAAUGUUACUCACAAGGAUUCAACUAAAUCCCCAGAAAAAGCUCCCUUGGGAGGAGUGAUACUAGCUAAGAAUGAAACCUUGGCAUUACCUGCCAAAUCUAAAACACCGGAGGUUGAAAAAAUCUCAGCACGAUCCACGACAGAGACUCCUGAAACAGUUCCCAGAACCACUAAACCCACUACAUCUAGUGCAUUAGAUGUUUCAGGAACGACACUGGCUCCAAAAAGGCUUCCAGAAUUUCCUGAGGCAAAAACACCCUUCCCUUUUGAGAAACCUGGGGGCACAUGGGGAAAUCCUCCUGCCUGUUCUCCCAAGCGUCCAGAAAAACCAAAUGUUACUCCAGCUUUACUGUUACUUGUUACUAAGCUGCUGCUGCUUCUGCUCUUUGAUUUACAGCUGGCACUGCAUAAUUAUAAAUAUAUAGUACGAUGUUCUCAUCACCCUGGAGGCCAGCAUCAGGCCUCACUAUAUGAAAUCCUGCGUGAUGAGUUUCGUUGUGAAAGCUUUGAAAACUGCAUGGACGUCAUCACCUGCACCAUCUCACCUCACAUGUUUGUGGCCUGUGUCACUUUACUUCCAUGCAUCAAGUCUGCCUGA